CGUUGCAGUACUUCUUGGAGGAGCACAUUUAGCUAAUCUCGGUGAAACAGCAAGUCAAAAUCUCACCCGUUGUUUUAUUUUCAGUAUUUGGGCGGAAUCAAGCAAAUUUAGGUCACGCCAUGGACUAUAAUGGGCUGCGACUGUCGGUUACACAACGAAUAUUCUCUUUGUUGUUCAUGUUUUGCAUCUGGAAAAGAAUUUAUGGACAAAUGCAUUAUGUCAUUUCUGAGGAAUUAAAAAUUGGUUCUGCAGUUGGAAACAUAACUAAAGAUCUGGGGUUACAACUACAAAGUAUUUCUAGUCGAAACAUAAGAGUUGUUUCUAAAUCCAGUAAGCAAUAUUUCAAAUUACAUACCAAGGACGGGAUUCUCGUUGUAGAUGACAAACUGGACAGAGAGCAGCUGUGUGGCCAAAGCUUGUCUUGUUUUCUGCAUCUCCAGCUCAUAAUGGAAAAUCCAUUGGAUCGCCGCAGCGUGAGUGUGGAGAUACUGGAUAUAAAUGACAACUCACCGCAAUUCUCUACUGAAAAUAUCACUCUAGAAAUAACAGAAGCAGUCACUUUGGGUACAAGCUUUAAAUUAGAUGUGGCACAGGAUCCCGAUAUUGGGCCGAAUUCUGUAUCCACCUACUGGCUUACUAAAAAUGAACAUUUUGAACUAAGGGUGAAAAUGCAUGAUGAUGGUAUCAAAGAGCCAGAGAUUGUGUUGUUGAAGGGUCUGGACCGAGAACAACAAGCAGAACAUCGUCUGAUAUUAACAGCUGUUGACGGGGGAGAGCCUGCCUUAUCAGGUACGGUAAAUGUUUCAGUUAAAGUCCUUGAUGCGAACGAUAAUGUCCCUAGAUUUAAUAAAUCUGUAUAUAAUGUGAGACUUAAGGAAAAUGUGCCUGUGGGGACUAUUGUAAUCCAGUUGAAAGCUACUGAUCCAGAUGAAGGUGCCAACGGGGAAAUAGAAUACUCAUUAAAAAGGGAUAAAACAUCUAGCAAUGUAAAUCAGGUAUUUAGCAUAGACUCACAGACGGGGGAGAUCAGGACAAACAGUACUUUGGACUUUGAGGAAACUAGACAAUAUACUAUCCACGUAAUAGCUAGAGACAGGGGGUCCCCAGCUGCUGAAGAAUACUGUAGAGUCACUGUAGAUCUCAUCGAUGUAAACGAUAACGCCCCCGAAGUAAUUAUAAACUCUUUAACCAACCCCAUCCAUGAAGAUGCCACACCUGAAACUGUUGUGGCUUUAUUAAGUGUUACAGAUAGAGAUUUUGGAGAAAAUGGGCGCGUCCGCCUUCAUCUAGCGCCUAAUAUUCCGUUCAAACUCUUGUCCUCAUUUGAGGAUCAAUAUUCUCUGGUAACAAAAGGUCCACUGGAUCGUGAGGUCACACCACAGUAUAAUAUCACAAUAAGGGCCACUGAUUCAGGGUCUCCCUCAUUAUCUACCCAAAAACUGAUUUUUAUUGAAAUUUCUGAUGUGAAUGACAACCCUCCACAUUUUCCACAGAUCUCAUAUACCAUCCAGGUAAAAGAAAACAAUCAUCCGGGAUUAUUUCUUUGUUCUUUGAUGGCUUAUGAUCGCGAUAAAGGUAAGAAUGCAAAGCUUUCUUAUUCACUUCGAGACAAUACAUAUCAAAAUAUGCAUAUGUCUUCCUAUUUUUAUAUAAAUUCCGAAAAUGGCACACUCUACAGUGCUCGGUCUUUUGACUACGAGGACAUACAGGUUUUCCAAGUACAGGUAGAGGUUGAGGACGGUGGUACGCCGCCACUGAGAGCCAAUACAACAGUCCACGUAUUCAUUCUUGAUGAAAACGACAAUGCACCGAAAGUUAUUUAUCCAAAAUCAGCACACGGUUCCUUGAUCCAGCAAACGAUCCUGCGCUCAGCACCAGUAGGUUACUUGGUGACCAAGGUUGUGGGAGUGGAUGAGGACAGUGGUCAUAAUGCGUGGUUGUCCUACAGUCUUCAUCCACCACAAGACACAGACUUUAUUGUAUCAUUAUAUUCUGGUGAAAUCCGCAUAGCUAAGAGCCUUCAAGACCUAGUGGAAACUACUAGAGAGAUUGUAGUUGAGGUGAAAGACAAUGGAAAACCAGCCCUUUCUACAAAUGUUACACUUAUUUUAUCUCUGGAAGAAAAAAGUUCCGAAGGAUUGUCAAGCUCCAGGGAAAUUCCAUUUACAACUUCUGAUGCUUCAGAUUUAACAUUGUAUCUAAUAAUCGCUUUGAUAGCAAUUUCAUUUAUUUCAUUUGUAACCUUCGCAGCUCUUACAGUUAACUGUUUGAGAAACAGAAAAGGUGACACUUUCUGCUCUGCCGCUGUGUGCUGUUACAGGGAUCCGGGUUUGGAUCCAAAGUACACAUAUGACUACUCCGCAGGAAGUCUAAGGAUACAGCUGAACUCUGACGGCCCUCUCAAAUAUGUAGAUGUGUGUCCAAGCGGGCUAAUCUCUCGUCCACCAAACACAAGGUCAGGUUUUCAUCCAGUGUCAGUUGAGGAUGACUUUCUCUAUAUGGGAUCUAGCAGUGCUACAGUUCCUAGGACCCAUGGUGAUCCUAUUUCUUUAACUACAGAACAUCAUAUGGAUCCAACUAGCAUGAAAAGAUUUCAGACACUCGAGCCGGAGUAUAGAACUCAGGUCAAAUAAAGACUGGUUCCAUUUACAUCAUUCAGGACAAUCAGAAGAUAUGUGCAGAAUAUAUUUAGCAGCACUGUUAUUAACAGCACUGUU